AUGUCUGAUCAAAACAUUCAUCUAAACAAAUACGCUGAACUGCGAAGCGCAUAUAAAUACUACAUCGAUUUGUAUAACGCAUUAUACCAGCUGAAAACGGAAAAAGAAGAAGACUUAAUCUCAAUUUACAAAAAGAUCAAAACAGAAUUGAUUGAUUCAAAGAAAUAUCCACCCCAAAAUAUUAUAAGCGAUAUUUUGCAUAUCAUUCCGUACAACAAUCGCUAUACAAAAUCAUAUUUAACUCUUGCCAAACUCAUAUCUGAUGAAUAUCAAGUGAAACAGGUCAAAAGCGCCGAACUUAUUUCAAUCUUCUUGUUCUAUAAAGAAUAUGGAAUUAAAUUAAAUAAAUCUGCUCAAUUUGAAAAAAUUGAUUUCAAAAAUCUCGAUAUUCAUUCAGAAAAUACAAUUUAUAGGGCAAUUAUGGAUAAUGAUAUAGAAAAAUUCAUUUUCUUCACGGAAAGCGAAGGAUUUGAUAAAAAUCAGACAAUAAAAAGUGAUUUAUAUCCUUUUUCCAAUACCGGAUAUUCAUUGCUUAAUUUAUGCUCUUACCAUGGUGCAGUUGAUUGUUUCAAGUUAUUAAGAACGAAAUUUAAUUCAGAAAUAAAUCAAAUAUCUCUAGAAUUAUCAUUUUUAGGUAGGAACCCAGAGAUCAUGAGCGAAUGUUUGAAAUAUAAAAAACCAGAUGAAAGAUGCAUGAAAUAUGCAAUUAUUUCGCACAACAUUGAUUUUGUUACAUUCUUGAUGAAUGAAUACCAUAUCGAUAUUGAUAUGUCAUUUUGCAAAACUCAUAAAAAUCUUGAGUCAUUUUUAGUUUAUUUCGAUCAAACAAAUAAUGUUAACAGAUGCUUUAUUGGUUCAAUAAGAUUUCGUAUUCCAUCACUUUGCGAAUACUUCCUUUCACAUGGCGCAAAUGUCAAUGAAAAAAAUAGACAUAAAAAUACAGUCCUUCAUAAAGCAGCAUAUUAUAAUAGUAUAGAAAUAGUCAAGCUUUUUCUUUCAUAUGGUGCAAAUAUCAAUGAAAAAGGUAGUUUUGGAAAAACCGCUCUUCAUAGAGUAACAUGGAAUAAUAGUAAAGAGACAGCCGAAUUUCUUAUUUCACAUGGCGCAAAUAUCAAUGAAAAAGAUGAAAGUGAAAACACAGUUCUUCAUUGUGCAGCAUGGAAUGAUAGUAAAGAAAUAGUUGAACUUCUUAUUUCACACGGCGCAAAUAUCAAUGAAAAAAAUAAAAAUGGAAAUACCGCUCUUCAUUAUGCAGCAGAGAAAAAUGGUGAAGAAAUAGUUGAACUACUUAUUUCACUAGGCGCAUAUAUCAAUGAAAAAGAUGAUUAUGGACAAACAGCUCUUCAUAUAGUAGCACGUGAAAAUAGUAAAGCAACAGCGGAAUUUCUUAUUUCACAUGGUAUAAAUAUCCAUGAAAAGGAUAAUGACGGAAAAACUGCUCUUCAUUUGGCAGCAUUAAAUAAUAGUAAAGAAACUGCCGAACUUCUUAUUUCACAUGGUAUAAAUAUCAAUGAAAAAGAUAAAAAUGGAAAAACUGCUCUUCAUAUUGCAGCAGACUUUAAUAUGGCAAAAAUGGCCGAACUACUUAUUUUACAUGAUACAAAUAUCUAUACAAAGGAUAAACAUGGGAAAACUGCUCUUGAAAUUGCAACAGAAAAAGGAAAUUACGAAACAUGCAGAGUUCUUAAAUCGCAUAGUGCGCAAAUAUAA